AUGGCAGCCAGAUUCUUCCGGGAUGCCUCAUGUCAAAUGGAAGAAUCUAGCAGAUGGCACCUUGUAUGGUCCGAUCCUGUACUGGUGCGGAGAAGAGAGGCUGUUUGUGUUUUCCCGCAGGAUGCUGACAAUACAAUAUGGGUACCUAAGCGGCUGGUGCGUGCUGUGGAUUUUCCUGUCCAGAAGCCUGAAGACAGGACAGAGCCAAGAGAUCAAGGAGAUACUGCGUUCAGCCCGGAGCCCACGCUUGAAGACAUUCGAUGUCUCCAUACAGAAUUUGCUGUUGAACGGGACUGGGAGCACUUCCACCAGCCUUGGAACCUGCUCCUAGCCUUGGUGGGAGAAGUGGGCAAGCUGGCAGAACUCUUCCAGUGGAAGUCUGAUGCAGAGCCUGGUCCUCAAGCCUGGCUGCCAAAGGAACGAGUAGCCCUUCAAGAGGAGCUCAGCAACGUCUUCAUCUACCUGGUGGCAUUAGCAGCCCGUUGUCGCGUGGAUUUACCUCGAGCAGUAAUUGCCAAAAUAGACACCAACCAACGACGCUACCCAGUCCAUCUCUCCCGAGGUUCUGCCUGCAAGUACACAGACUUGCCCCAUGGGGCCAUCCCCGAAAACCAGGCUGUGGGGGCUGCAGAACCUAACUCUGAGUUGCAAAGCCAGGCCUACAUCUAG